UGACGACAGCCCAGGCCGGGAAAACCACACCGGUACUGUGUCGCCUCUGCUGCCCUGGUGUGGCACUGUUCGUUGGCACCGGGCACCCUCUGAGGCAGCUGUGGCAUGUCCAUUGGGCUUGGGGUGGAGUUUUAGCUUUGGAUUUUGUGUACGCCUUCGUGGACUUCUGCAGGAGGAUUUUAAAGCAAGAUGAAGAAUUUUGCUUCGUGUUGGCGGGCGGUGGCGCUGGCUUGUUGUGUCCUUCUUGCUCGCAGUCGUGAAGCAGAUGCGAGAGACGACUCAGCGUGUGACCCCGGAUGCCAAGUCCACCGCCUGAAUUCCGUAGGGACGCCCCUGACGCUGGCCUUCUCGAGGAUCUUCUGGUGGCCCGAGAGCGACGUGGAGGAGCUGGCCCUCGCUGGAGAAGGACUCGAGAUGAGCGUCCGCCUCGAGGAGGAGCAGAGGAACGCGUGGCACGAGAUCGAAGUCAAGGCCGCGUUCAAGGAUAAGGACAAACGGACAUUAGAAUCCUACACUGUUACCAUCCCUUCUCUGGGCGUGAACGAGAGUAGAACCUGCGCCCACCCAGACUGCGGUACCAGGGGCGUGGGCGUGAGAACCAACAUAUCCAGUUUGUGGGCGCUGCAGUGUACCGUCCUUCCUUGUGACUGCCACCACAACGCCAAAUAUUGUGAAGGAAAGAGAGACUGCAGACAGUACUACCUAACAGAGCUCGGUUUCCCUUUGGACUCCUCGAGGAAGAUAUUCUGGUCCCCAACUGCUCACGGAGAACUGCACUUUAAUUGGAACAACGGCAAGAACCAGUCACUUGCCCUGCGCGGGGACCGAAGUAGCUCGUCCUCAUGGGUGGAGGUGGAGGUUCGUUCUCGAGUGAAACAGAGAGGAGGCAUAACACACUAUGUCUGCAGCCUCGAGGUAGCCUCCUUGAACAUCCUUGAGGACUGUUCCUCGACGGCGGACACCGACUACGGGAUGAGAGUGGCUGCUCCUCGACCUAGCACCCUUUGCCCUUGGGUGCGAUGAGGCUCCAGUUGUUGAAGUCCAUCGCUCAAAAAAAGGCCGACGCAAUAGAUUCUGGAUGUUGCUGCUAAUCGCUCCAGUUGGUAUUUCUAUCGUCAUCAUCGCCUUUGCUAUCGUAAGGUGGCGAAACAAACCGUAGAUUUUAUCAUCUUCGUGGACGGGAAAAUGAUGGAAACCAAUGAUUACAAUUUUAUAGUUAUAAGAUAUUUAUAAUUAUAAAAUAUAUAAACAUAUUUUGUAAAUAAUAUAUAAGCCACAUUUAUACUCCAUAAGGUCCAUAUAUAGAGCUUUUAUA